CACAAUCAGCAGUUGCUUCAAUCAACGAUGAGAAAUUUUGUUUUAUAUUUUUCGUUCUUUUUUCUAUCACUGUGCACAGCCUUUCCUGAUAACGAAAAGCCUCAAAAUUGGGAUUAUAUCAUUCAGGAAAUUUUAGAAGAAAACAAGGUUUUGAAAGAACGCCUUGAUGUACUGCAAGAUUGCUUCACAGUCCUAGAAGAGAAGUGUGCGUGCUCUGGAAAAUCGACAAGGGGCGAAACAAAUCCUGAAUCAGAAUAUGAAGAGGAAAACAACAUCGUUCAAUUGCUUUCCUCAGACAUUGAACACCCUAGUACGACAGACUUUACAGCUAAUCUCACAAGUGGCAUCACUACAGGAAUAUCAGUGGGACAAGGGCACGGGCAUCUAUUAAAACGUAUAUCUGAAAGUGAAGUUGCUUUUCAUGCGUAUUUGAGUGGCAACCGCUGUUACAAUCAUCAUGAGAUAUUCAUUUUUGACAGAGCACCUGUUAAUCUUGGAAACGGGUUCAAUGUUAACGACGGAAUCUUCGAUGCCCCGGCCACAGGUAUCUACGUACUUAGCUGGACAGUGGCUGCACCACAUGGGUCAUGGUCCUCGGCAGAACUGAUCAUUAAUGGAGCAGUUCAAGGAGUUAUCGAGUCAGACUCGGACUUGAAUGGAAGUGGUUCUGGGGUUCAUCCGGCCACUGGAUUGGUUUUGGCUAACGUAAACGCAGGAAACCACAUUUACAUCCGCUAUAUCAAGGGGGCAGGCUGCACUGUUAGAAGCAAUUCAUAUACUCGCACUUCCUUUACUGGCUGGUUGUUAAUAUAGAUGAAAAUGGUAAAUAAAUUUAGAUGUAAG